AUGGAAGGCACAACGGCUGACUCUGGCGUACCACCCGCCCCUGGCGGCAUGACACGAAAGUCAUCACCCCAGUCACCUGGCCAUGUCGACGGACACUCUGAGAGCCCACCGCAACUGACUAUGGACACCGCGACAACGAACAGCCCCAGCCAAGCACAGAACCAGCUGCCAGUCGACUCCAAUACAAAUACGUUCUCAUACCCCGCCAGUGGAGUCGACACAUCUGCAGCCGCAGUCGCCGCCGCACAACAGGCACAACAAGUCCAGAACAACUUUGUCGCUGCUGCUGCCGCCGCCGCAUCUUCUUACAACCAGGAUAACAGCAACAUGCUUGGUGGAUACCGGAGUGCGUCCUUUUCGGACGGCUUCCCCCGGGGCACAGCACCCCAGCCUGUGCGUGCUACUGGUGGUGCCACAACCUGGACGACGCCUGCAUACGGGGGCUUGAAUCAUCAUCAGCCUAGCCAUCACACUCACAGCUCCCAUGAUCGGUACAAUAUGGGCCGCAGCCACUCGAUGGCCCAUGUUCACGGUGCACGGCAGCCACUGUCCGCCCCUCUCCCCGCACCCGCCCACGGAGGUGCCCCGCAGCUGAUCCGCACAAGCACCAUUCAGUCCACUCCUUCCGGGUCGGUUGGCGGCCUGGGAACGGGUGGCACGUAUGGCGGAGGCCACUGGGGUGGCUACCCUGCUAAGGCUGUUCUCUCCAUUAUGGGUAACCUGGAUUCGAUGGCGCAGGACUGGACACCUGAAGAAUGGAGCAACCAGCGCCGUAUUGUCCUUUUCCGCAAGAAGCAGAACGGCUGCCACCUGGAAGCAACAUUCCGCCCGGUCCCCAUUAAUGAACGGCCGCCUAGCAGUAUUUGCAUCAGCUGCAUCUAUUGGGCAGAGAAGCAGGAGUGCUUUGUCACCUCCGUGGACACAAUCAACCUUCUGGAGCAGCUUGUGGCCGCGCCUGCCCGCUUCUCAGUCGAAGAGAAGAACCGCAUUCGCCGCAACCUUGAGGGGUUCAAGCCGUUCACUGUCAGCAAGGCCAAGGCCGAGAGCGAGGAGUUUUUUAAGCUGAUUAUGGCCUUUGGUGCACCGAAGCCCCGGACCAUCGAGAAAGACGUAAAGGUAUUCCCUUGGAAAAUCCUUGGCCAGGCUCUGAAAAAGAUCAUCUCCAAGUACAGCGCCAGCCCGUCGUCUGUCCUGUCGCCCGCCUCGUCAGGCACUUCAGGACAAGGCCAUCACAUGUUGACUCCUGUCACGAUGAGCCCGUCUUACCCGGUGCUGCCCCCCACACCUGGCUCACUAUCUGCCGCAACAGAUGGCACGUCUGCUGUUGGCUAUGUCAACAUAGUGAACGGAACAAACGGCGCGGACUCACUUGCCAGCCCACGGUCACUGUCUGCGGGUGCUCUCUCUCAUGGCCACCGCUGGGAUGGCUACGGAAUGCCGGGAAACAGCGCAUCACCAACAUACGGCACGAGCCACCACCAGCCGCAGCAUCAGCAGGGUCACAACGGUCAUCUGUACAGCACCGGAUACGGUGAUAAUGUGCAGCGUUCCUAG